AUGUCGGAGAAAGUACUCGGGAAAGGGAAAGGGGAAGAGAAUGAGAAACCGAAUGAGAACGAGAAUGAGAAUGAGAAACAGAAAAACAAAGCCCGUGUGCUGCUCGUCGGCAGCGGAGGCAUCGGGACCAUGACGGCGCUCAACCUGGAACGGGGCGGGCUGGCGUCGGUGGCGGCGGUGCUGAGGUCCAACUACGCGGUGGUCAAGGAGAGAGGAUUCACCAUCGACUCGCGCGACCACGGCCAGGUUCAGGAGUGGAGGCCGACCGAGGUGCUGGACAAGAUGCCCGACCUGGCAUCAGACCGCGACCGGGACCGCGACCCGGCGCCGUUCGACUACAUCGUCGUCACGACGAAAAACAUCCCCGACGUGCCGCCCAUGGUGGUGGAGCUGAUCAAGCCGGCCGUGACGCCGGGCCACUCUGUCAUCGUGUUGAUCCAGAACGGGCUCAACAUCGAGAAGCCGGUGCUGCGGGCCUUCCCCACCAAUGUCUGUCUGUCGGGCGUGUCGCUCAUGGGCGCCGACGAACUCGCCCCGGGCCACAUCCUGCAGAAUGACGCCGACCGUUUGAUCGUCGGCCCGUUCCUCUCCGGCCACAUCGAGCAGGAAAAGCAAGUCGCCGCGGCGCAGGAUUUCGUGCGCAUCUACUCGGCUUCGGGAAAGGUCCAGUGCACCUACGACCAGGAUGUCUUGUUCGUCCGCUGGAGGAAGCUGAUGUACAAUGCCGUCUGGAACCCCAUCUGCGCCUUGACCGAGCAGGACACGGGCCGCUUUCGACUGUGGUACGAUGCCAAUGCCGAUGGGAACGAUGACGGUGACGACCCGCAUAGCCCUCUCAACCUGCUCGUCAGGCCCGCCAUGAACGAAAUCCGCGCCGCGGCCAAGGCGGCUGCGAAUGUCGACUUGCCGGAAUCCUUGGUCGAGGCCAUGGUCGACUGUGACCCGCUCGAAAUCUUCUGUGCUCCCAGCAUGUUGCAGGACAGACGGAAGAGCCGGUUCAUCGAGCACGAGAAUAUCUUGGGCGAGGCCUUGAGAGAAGGUGAAAAGGCAGGCGUGUCGAUGCCGACCGUGCGCGUGUUGUACGGCCUGUGCAAGGCGGUGCAAUGGCGGACCAAGGAGCUGCAUGGUUUGGUCGAUCCGGAAGCGUUGCUGGAAGCCAGACAGAAGAAGGAUAAGAAAGAAUAG